AUGUUAAGUUUUAGAAAAUGCGCUGGUUUAAUAAUCAAAGAAAUGGCCGCUCAUUUCUCAAAUAAGACUUUUGAUGAUGUAUCUCAAGAGGAUUACGGAAGAUUUUUAGACAAUUGUCAACGACCAAAACUGAGUUUUAAUAUUUUUCGGAUUUUGUUUCAAGUUGACGCCGUCGAUGUUACAAGAUUGGAAACCGUCAACACUUGGAUCAAAAAGAAGAAUCCACUGUAUGCUGUUAUUUUUACUGGAGAUUUUGGACAGAGUCGUGAUCGUCCAGCGACCUACACUUAUCCUAAUUAUGGAAUAAAAUAUAAGAUAAUCAUCUGA